GUUUGUUGCCUUGCGUCCCUUUCCGCGGGGAACUGUGUGAGGGGUAGGGGAAACUUUGAAAGUUGGAUGCUGCAGACCCGGUUUUUUUCAAGUUUCUUCUUUAUCUUGCUGCAUCUGAAGACAUGGGUAGCAAGAAACUAAGACGAGUGGGUUUAUCACAAGAGCUGUGUGACCGUCUGAACAGACAUCAGAUUGUUACCUGUCAGGACUUUCUAUGUCUUACCCCACUGGAGCUUAUGAAGAUGACUGGCCUUAGUUAUCAAGGUGUCCAUGAACUUUUGUGUGUGGUCAGCAGGGCCUGUGCCCCACGGAUGCAAACGGCUUAUGAGAUAAAGACACAGAGGUCUGCUGCUCCAUCACCAGCAUUUUUAUCUACAACCCUCUCUGCUUUAGAUGAAGCCCUGCAUGGUGGUGUAGCUUGUGGAUCCCUCACAGAGAUUACAGGUCCACCAGGUUGUGGAAAAACUCAGUUUUGUAUAAUGAUGAGCAUUUUGGCUACAUUACCUACCAACAUGGGAGGAUUAGAAGGAGCCGUUGUGUACAUUGACACGGAGUCAGCAUUUAGUGCUGAAAGACUGGUUGAGAUAGCAGAAUCUCGUUUCCCCAGAUAUUUUAACACUGAAGAAAAAUUACUUUUGACAAGCAGUAAAGUUCAUCUUUAUCGGGAACUCAGCUGUGAUGAAGUUCUACAAAGGAUUGAAUCCUUGGAAGAAGAAAUUAUUUCAAAAGGAGUUAAACUUGUGAUUAUCGACUCUGUUGCUUCUGUGGUAAGAAAGGAGUUUGAUACACAACUUCAGGGCAACAUGAGAGAAAGGAACAAGUUCUUGGCAAGAGAAGCAGCCUCUUUGAAGUAUUUGGCUGAGGAAUUUUCAAUCCCAGUUAUCUUGACGAAUCAAAUUACAACCCAUCUGAGUGGAGCCCUAGCUUCUCAGGCAGACCUGGUGUCUCCAGCUGAUGAUUUGUCCCUGUCUGAAGGCACUUCUGGAUCCAGCUGUGUGACAGCUGCACUAGGAAACACCUGGAGUCACAGUGUGAACGCCCGGCUGAUUCUCCAGUACCUUGGUUCAGAGAGAAGACAGAUUGUCAUUGCCAAGUCCCCUCUGGCGACCUUCACCACAUUUGUCUACACCAUCGAGAAGGAAGGCCUGGUUCUUCAAGACCAACAGAGGCCAUAGGGACACUAUGACCUUUGUCUAGAGCUGAUGGGGGCGUGAUUUGUGAAAUGAAACAGGACCGGGCUGCUUGGAAGAAGGAAACGGAAGCCAACAUAAUGGGGAUUAAUUAGUUGAUUGCUGUUGAGAUGGUAACAGAUUUGCACCCCCCCUCCUUACCAUUGAGCCAGCCAUCUCAGACCUAACAGGGAAGGUGAAGAUGAAGAGGCCUUUGUUCGGGUCUCUAGAUGCUUGGGGCUGUAGGCUUUGCCGCCAUGGGAUGGCAACAGCCAUAAUAAUAAUAAUUUGCACUUACUUAUAUAGCACCUUUCAACCAGGCACCUCAAAGCGGUUUAACCACAUUAAUUAAUGAAAGCCCACGAUCCCCCUGCGGAGAGGAAGAGGAUGACUAACAGGAUUUGUAAUUACAGGAGGGAACAUUUCCGAAUAAAGUAUAUUGUCCACUAAACAAAAAGAGGAGGUGUAAAGGAAUUGGGGUCUCCAAAGAGUAACUGAUUGAGAAGUGAAACCAUGGAAAGAUGGGGGAGGCUGGGGGCGGGCAUGGGCAUGAGGGUCUGCUCUUUUGUCAGAGGGAGGUCGAUGGGCUCAGAAUUCACUGACAGGUUCGGAUCCAACUGAGAAGCGGGACAUGUAUGGUAUUAAUGGCAUUUGGAAGGUCAUUAGUGGUACACCUAUUGUGGUGUAAAUUCAAGUUUCACUGGUACAUUGUGUAGAGCCCUGCAGAACAAAGAGUGAGAUUCCUGCAGUAUUUAAUAAAGGAUGAAAUGAUUUCUUUAGAUCCAAAGCCCAAGGCUGGGCCAGUCAAUUAGCAAAUAAAUCAACUGGUGACCCAUAGGAUAAUUUAGUCAUUCCUAGCAGAACACCCAGCCUACCCCCUCCUUCUUCCAUGAGGUUUCCAACCAAAGCUUCAAGGCUGUGGGCUUUAGCCCCUUCAAAGCCAGACAUCAGAUCUUCCCAGCCUUUGGCACUGGGACCUCUUUUACCCAAAUCGUUGGUGACGCUCAAGCUGCCCUCUGUAGAAUCACUUUGUAUCUGCUCCCCUUCAGAGGUUUUUAAAUGCCUUGGAUGCUAGAAUCAAGUCUUGUCCCAUCUCAUGUCUGCUACCAAUGCCCAACAGAGUGCUGUGCACAAAGUAAGUACCCAAUCGAUGAAGAAUGGUUGGAUGACAAAAUCCUUUAACAACUCAGUGUUUGUUGACUACAUACCAAAUGCUAAGGCAAAGCUCAAAAAAUAGGCUCUGUGUAUUACAAGGAAUGGAAAAGACUCGUGAACUCCUAAGUAUAAUGUAAAGCAGAAGAAAAUAAAGUUAACAUUAUAGAUGCACGCCCAAGCCACAGGCUGCAAGGGCCAAAGGAGGGACGUUUUAUCCAGCUGGAGUGAAUCAAGGAAGGUAUUCCUGGAGAGCAAACAAUGCGCUGGGCAUUGGAGGGCGAGAAAGAUUUUGAUGGACCUGGAAGAGGUGGAGGAUACAGAGUUUCCAGACUGUGGUCAUUCGUCUCGCUGAGUGAGGUGCCUUUGGAGAGCUUGUGGUCUUCAAUAGAACAUUUGUGAAAACCAAGCUGAGUUUUUGUAGCUGAUUCAAUGUACAUUUCCUGUGAAUUCUUGAAUAUGAAUUGGCUAUUUUCAAACAGCCAGGGACUAUUACGAAAGUUGAGAAAGAUAUUUUGUUCUCUGUAACUAUUAGUUCAGUCUCUCUGCACUUUCACUGUCCGCCAAGAAAGAAAAGCUAAGCAGUUCACACGUUAAAGUGGGCACUCAGGAGUGUCUGAGAAAGGUACGAGGAAAACAUAUCUUGGUCCCAGAUGUCAAAGAUUAAAUGGCUUCCUACUUGAGGCCUUUUUUUUUUUUUUUUUUGGACCCCAGGAAACAGUAAGACAGUGCUCUACCCCCAGUGACUGACAGACAAAUCAGUCCCUGUGCUCUCCUACUCCAAGGUGUUUCACCACGAACCAUGCUGCCAGGACAGGACCUAAGCACUGUCCUCGCAUUGUGCCAAUACUCAGUGCUGCUGUGUGUCUCACACACGCUGUACGUGCAUCUGCUUAUCUGAUCCUCCCCGCAGUUUCACAAGGUAGGACUUCACAUCGUUCCUUCUUUGCAGCUGAGGAAGGAGGCAAGAAAAGUUCAGUCUCUUGCUAGAAAGUGAUGGAAUGUGCACUUGAACCCAGGUAAUCUUGCUUCUUCCUCUCCCCACUCACCCCUGUAGUAUUUCUGUUCGUAUCUAUUACAAGUCAUCCUCACUAAGGGACUCAGCACAAUGCUGUACACACAAUAGAAAAUUCAGUGAAUAUUUUCCAAAUAAAAGAAUCAUCAGAGCAA